AUGUCAGCGGCUGAACUGCAGGCCGCGGCGGCGGACUGCACCGCCGACACCCCGGCCGUAGGCACGCCUGCCGCGCCACCUGGGCCCCUUCAGCAGCCGCUGCUGUUGCAGCAGCAGUACCAGCAGCAGCAGCACCAGCAGCAGCACCAGCAGCAGCAGGAUCACCAGCAGCCGCAGCUGCAGCAAUAUCGGGAGCCUCGCGAGCAGCACCACCAGCAGCAGCAGCAGCAGCAGCAGCAGCAGCAGCAGCAGCAGCAGCAGCAGGAGCAGCAGCAGCAGCAGCAGCAGGAGCAGCAGCAGCAGCAGCCGCACGCAGACGAAGAUGCGGCGAUCUCUGAGCCCUCAACCCCCCAGGAGGAAGACUUCCGCCACCUCGCCAACCAGGGCAGCUACAACCUGGAUGCAGGCAGCUCCCCAGGCGUCAGCGAGGCCCCAAACAAGGGCAGCCGCGCCCCCACCCCCGACCCCGCAGCCCGCAGCCCCAGCAGCGGCCCGCGACGCGCCGGCGCGCCCGGCAGCGCGGCGGCGGGGCGGCCGCGAAUUGAUGCGCAGCUCGCGGCGCUGACGGAGGCCCAGCUGCAGCAGCUGCAGCAGCAGCUGGCGGCGGGGCAGCAGCUGCCGCCCCCGGCGGCGGUCACCCCGCAGCAGCGUGUGCCCCAGCCCCAGCAGCAGCAGCAGCAGCAGCAGCAGCAGCAGCAGCAGCAGCAGCAGCAGGAGCAGCAGAAGCAGCAGCUGCUGCCGCUCGAAGCCGAGGCCCAGCCGCCGCCAGAGGCGUGGCAGCCGUCCGUGGCGUACCCGCAGCAGCCCUCAGCUUGA